CUCCUUCCUCUGACGCACACAAAAAACACACACCCGUGGCCGUCCUCUUGCCCCAGCUGCAAUUAUCAACAGAGUGUUUCACUUCUCUGGACUAAAGGCAGCUCUUUCCUGGACGGAGUGUGACUCAGACGCCACAAACAGAGAUCAUGAUGGAAGUCCUUUUAGAUAACGAACAUGACUACCAUUACCACGACCAUGACAACAGUUCUAACCACAGUGACUACAACGACAUGGAAUUUGAAUUACACACAGUUUGCGACAAACAAGAGGUUCGGUCCUUUGCUGGGGUUUUUCUGCCAGUUGUCUAUACACUAGCAUUGAUUCUAGGCCUGGCCGGAAAUUCCAUGGUCAUUUUCAUUUACCUUUCCCACAAGCGUUUACGGACCCUGACAGACGUCUUUAUCCUCAACCUGGCCUUCGCAGACCUCCUCCUGCUCCUUACACUGCCCUUCUGGGCUGCAGAUGCAGUGAACGGCUGGGAGAUCGGCACAGCUGCCUGUAAGAUCACCUCUGCCCUCUACACCACCAACUUCAGCUGUAGCAUGCUGCUGCUAGCCUGCAUUAGCAUAGACCGCUAUCGUGCGCUAGCCAGAGGCUCCACUGCCACUCACGCCCCAGCCAGGAACAACGGCCGCAGGCAGAGGAUAAUCAUGUGCCUACUGGUUUGGGGGCUCGCCAUUGCUCUGGGGUUGCCAGAUAUGGUGUUCUACACAGUGAUUACGCAGAACUCGAGCGGCCGUAACACCUGCCGGGCGGUUUACCCGCAAAGCAUGGCACGGGCGGCUAAGGCAACUCUAGAAAUUCUGGAAGUGUCUCUGAGCUUUCUUCUGCCUUUCCUGGUGAUGAUGUUCUGCUACUGUAGGGUGGGAGUUGCGUUGAGUCAGGCCGCUACAGCGGGGGUACGGAGCGGGAGAAGAUGGCGAGCAUUUCGGGUGUUGAUAGCGGUAGUAGGGGUGUUUCUGUUGACCCAGCUCCCAUAUAAUCUGGUAAAACUGGUCAGAGCCCUGGAUGUGAUCUACAUUUUAGUGACGGAAUGUGAGCUGAGCAAAAACUUGGACCGGGCCAAUCAAAUUACUGAGAGUCUGGCCCUCACGCAUUGCUGCCUGAACCCUGUGCUCUACGUCUUUAUCGGAUCGUCCUUUAAAAUGCAUGUUCUGAAGCUCAUCAAACGCUGUGGCCAGACAGGCAGAGGGUACCGGCAUGGCAACGAGCAGCCCACUGUUGAAAUCUCCCUUAAGUCAGGCACACAAACUCACACUCACUCUUCAUCGGAAAAUGAAGACACGAGUACGUUCACCAUAUGACAUGGCAAUGACUAUGAGGACUGACAACUGUAUACCAGGACAUUAUAUCUAAAUGUAAAGGUGUUUAAGUAACUUUCAUGUACAAGGUUCAUUAAGGCCAAAGUAUACUUCAGUUUGGGUGCGAAAGCUAGCGUAUGGAUAUACAGCCGAACAGACAGCCUUUUAAAUUAUACUCCAUUUAAUAGCGAACGCAAGGCCUCGACACAUGCACACUAGAAAGUUUCAUCCUUGUACAUUGUCUGUACUUGGAAAAAUCCGGCUGGGUGUGUACAGUAUGCAUGUACUAUGCUGAUGAUGAAAUUUAUGAUGUGCACUGUAUGCAUACCCUAACAUACAUGUUAAAAACUAUACUUAUGGCUUAAAGGGUUAGUUCACCCAAAAAUGAAAAUUCUGUCAUUAAUUUCUCACCCUCAUGUCAUUCCAAACCCGAAAGACUUUUGUCCAUCUUCGGAAUACAAAUUAAGAUCUUUUUGAUGAAAUCUGAGAGCUUUCUUUCCCUCCAUAGACAGCUACGAAACUGAAACUUUAGUCCACAUUUUCUGAAGAGAUCUGAUCACUUUAUAUGAUGCACAGAUUGAAUUUAGGCUGAAUUUAUUCACAUAUAAACACUGAUCAGUGAACAUAAACAGAAGUUCAACCGAACCUGCUUGACGCACAUGAACAAACCUAUUCCGGAAGCUCAAACGUGUUGCGUAACACGAGAAUGAACCUCAUUAGUUCUCACACAUCAAGCAAACAUGCUUGAGCUUCCAUUGGUUUAUAACAACUGAUGUGUGAGUUGAUGAAUGUUUAUGUGAAUAAAAUCCUAAAUUUAAUCUGUUCAUCAUAUAAAGCGAUCGUGUCUCUUCAGAAAAUGUGGACUAAACUGCUCAAUUCAUUUGGAUUAGUUUUAUAAUCUCUUUAUGAACUUUUUGAAGCAUCAAAGUUUCAGUUGCAUAGCCAUCUAUGGAGGGACAGAAAGCUCUCAGAUUUCAUCAAAAAGAUCUUCAUUUGUGUUCCGAAGAUGAACGAAUGUCUUACAGGUUUGGAACAGCAUGAGGGUGAGUAAUUAAUAACAGAAUUUUCACUUUUGGGUGAAAUUGUCUAUGACAUUGUCUGUUUCAUGUUUAAUGAGAUCUUUCAUUAUAUGUCUACAGAUUAAAGCAUGCUGUUUAUCAGUAAACUGAAUCUGUGCCCACAGAAUUCCACGGAAAACUCUGCAGAACCUGUCGUUAACAAGCCUUGUGAGUUUAUUAAAUAUUUUAGUUAUUAAUGGUCUCUGCUAACAAAUAAUAUUGCUAUUUACUCAGUUUGAGUUAAUAAUAUUCCACAGAAUUCAAACAAUCAGUGCAGAAAAUGUGAAAAACAGUGCACAGAUUCCAUGGGUGUAUUUAUCAGCUAUUAUAUUGACUACAUAUAGAAAGUGUAUAGUGAACUCAGGGAUCUUGUGUAGAAAAGAUACCCUGUGUCCAAGACGUUACAUAUUUGUACAGUAAUAAUAUAUAUAUCUCCAAUGUAAAUAUAUUUUUAGAUUAAAGCAUACUCAUACACUUGGA